AUGAAGCCCACACCGCGAACCACCGGUCACCUCGCCGGCACACAGUCUAGCGAUGGCUUAGUACCACCCUCGAAGACGGGCAAAGAUGCCCGGUCCUACUCAUCUACUAGUCUACACCCUGCCAAACAGGGUCAGUCAUACGCACGAUCGGUCAACGUACCUGGAAGCUUUGCACCGGAAUUGAAGGGCUUCAAUUCGAGGAUCGACCUAUCUCGCAUUGAUCUCGCUAGCUAUGGCGGCUACGAUGACCAGAACGCACUCACGACCACCGAGCAACGACAAGCCACCUUCCGAGAUCGGAUUGACAAGGAAACAAAGAUCAGGGUCGGGACGGAGAAUCUGCUCGAAGCGUUGAACACGAAGAGUGCGAAGCAGGCACGCGACCAGCGGAAAGUGGUCGAGGGUGAGCUCAAUACGUCAAACCGGAAGAUCGCACAGCUGCAACAGGACUUGGCGGCCGAAGUACAACGCAGCAAAGAGCAAGCACCGCUAAGUCCCAAAGGAAGAUUGUCACGAUUAUUUCAGUCUGCUCCGGCAAGAACGCCCACCCACCAGGACCAGCAAGCAGACGAUGAUCAACCUGGUCGUGACAUGGAGGUCGAGUCACCUACCUACAUUCUCGCGGAAAUACUGCAGGCACUGGAAGCAGAGGGUAUGCCAUCAGACUACUACGUGGGCCAAGCGAACGACCUGGUCGAAUUGUUCAAGCGACAUCCGGCUCUGAAGUAUGACUUGGCGUGGUCUAUCUUUGGCUUGCGCAUGCAGGUGAUGAUGCUGAGUGAAAGUCGAGAAGUCGUCGCCGCUGGAUACAGGGUAAUGCGAUAUGCGAUCACCGAUCGCAAGUCCCUGCAGACCAUACGUGCACUUCAGACUGACUAUCUGGUCAUCUUAUCUCUCGUCAAGGAGAGCAAGGCACGUGUUGAGCGGGAGCAGGCGCUCAAGUUCAUCCGGGCAUUUCUGGACGUCAAGGAUGGCGCACACGAGAUUCAUCCCGCAGUCGCACGCAUUGUUGUGGCUGUUGCAGAUCACCAGGAUGAUCAGUCGCGCGGCAUUGCCAUCCUCACGCUCGCCGAGAUGCUGUUGAAGCACCCUACGCUCGUUGCCGAUGCAAGCGGUCUGGGUGUGCUCUGCGAAGCGAUGGGUAGUGGCGUUUACUUUGCCCCGGAAACUCUGAUCGAGCCAUUCCUACAUCUGAUGGACUUGCCCGGCAAGAGACGAAUUCUGCGCUCAGGCUUCGAGUUUAGCUCGGCUUUCGCUUCGUUCACGGAGCCAGUGCUCAAUCACAGCCACGAAGAUAGACUCAUCACCAGUGCCAGAGUAGUGGUAGCACUGUUCCGGAGCUGGCCGGGUUUGCUAACACUCUCUCUGCAUGACUUCCUGCCAGUGAGGUCCGUCGUCUCGACGCUUUACAUCAGCAGCCUUCCAGUCAGAAGUGCGGUACUAGACUUACUGAUCAGCAUUCUUCGGGUAAAGUCGCCAUCGUGGUCCUCAUCAUUCAUCGGUGGGCGACGCUUGACGACCUACGGACGAGUGACCAAUUUACGGGUCGAGGCGCCUGAGAGUCAAUCAACCACCCGACCAGCAAUUGACGAGGCGCAAAAGCGGAGCCUGGUACAGCAUUUCACAGCGGUCACACUGGCUGUCCUUCUCCGCCAAGGCUUACUGAAAGCAUUAAUGCAUGCUGAAAGCGAUGCACCAACAUCAGCGCUGAAACGGCGGACGAGUCUACUCAUUGCGGAGGUGCUACGUAUGUCGAGUGAGCUAUUGCCUUCGUCCUGGAGCUACGGAAUGCAAUCUAUGCCCGGCUUGUUCGAUGCAGCUAUCAACUUUCGCGACGAUGAACGCUUUCAAGCCGUGGCCACGGUCUAUCAGGUGGACAGUAUCAACCGAACGCUAUACCGAUCAAUUGCUGGUAAGAAUGCUUCGAUCAAAACAGGCGAAGAUAGUGCAGCUGCCCGGGUCCGAGCAGCUUCCAAGACGCAGGUCAAUGCAGCUAUGGAUGAAGGCAUGUUCCGCCAGAAAAUGAUCGAUACACAGAUACUCAACACUGUCAAUUACACCAAGUGGGAUUGGGCGGGCAUCAUGGAGCUCAUCGAGGGGCCCAUGAUCAAUCCGAAGCGCUUGCAAGAAGCAAUGGUCGUCACGAAGUUUGUCCAUAGAUUGUUGGGCUUCCUACGACCUUUCAAGUACCGGUUCUCUGAAGUGGCAAACACGAAGGCUAAUCAACGAUACAUUCGCACCGCGUGCGCACUGCUUAGACUACUCCUUCAGACCACAGAAGGCGCGAAGUAUCUUGAGAGCAACAAGCUCGUACCUCAGAUCGGCGAGUGUCUGGCACAGCAAGAUCCUGUGAGCGGCAUUACUUCCAAAACACCUCUCUUCUCACCCGUGCGCAUGGCAGAGACGCUAGUAGGAGGCUACUUCGCGAUGCUCGGCGUGAUGUGCAGCGACUCGAAAGGCAUGCAGAUCCUCGAACGAUGGAAGAUAAUCAACAUCUUCUACCACAUUGUCGAGCUCAAGGAGCGAGAUGAUCUAAUUCGUGCACUGCUCAUAAAUCUGGACUACACCCUUGACAGCCAUCCUCGUAUUACACUGUCAAAAACUAUGAUUGCGAGCUCGAAGCAGAUGAGGAUCACGGCUACCAGGAUCCUGCGGAAGUAUGCUAUGAUGCCCAUCGAAGCCACGAUCCUUGGCGGUGGUGCUGCAGAGUGGGCCAUCAAGCUGCUUGUAGCGCAGCUGUAUGACCCAGAAAUUGAAAUCUGUGAGGUCGCUAUCAAGAUUCUAGAGGAAGCCUGCAACGACAUCACCUCUUUGGAAUAUGUCGUCAAGUGUCGGCCGGCUCUAGAUCACCUGGGUGAGAUUGGUGCACCGCUGCUCCUGCGAUUCCUGUCUACUUCCGUAGGAUACCACUACCUCGACGGUCUCGACUAUAUCACGAAAGAAAUGGACGACUGGUUCUUAGGCCGCAACGACACUUAUGUGACCAUAGUCGAGGCAUCACUUGCACGAGCUCUGGCGGAAUCCCCUGAUAAGCCUCCGCAAGUCAGCGAAGAAGGUCUGGAUCCUCAGGAUUUCGGGUGCGUGCCACCACAUUUCUAUCGCGAGUUGACGAGGACGGUUGAAGGUUGCAAAUUACUCAAGGCGAAAGGCCACUUCGAAGAGUUCGCGGCUACGAUCCAAGACUUUGUACACGAGGAUGAGGAUGUCGAGACUAUAAUGAAAGUGAAAGGCUGCUUGUGGGCUGUUGGCAAUGUGGGGUCGAUGGAAUUAGGUGCUCCCUUCCUCGAGCGAACCGACAUCGUCAAGUAUAUUGUCGAGAUCGCCCAGACGUCCCAGGUCAUGACCCUGCGAGGGACCGCUUUCUUCGUCCUUGGCUUGAUCUCACGGAGUCUUCAUGGGCAGGAGAUACUGGCUGAGAGUGGCUGGGAUGGUACCACGAAUGUCAUGGGUGAGAGUUUGGGGUAUGUUCUGCCUGUCGACUUCAACAAGUUGUUUGCGCUACGGGCUGCCGAGACGAAUGGGAUAGCCAAUGUGCGCCGCCGGCCUGGCCCGAGCAGAAGCUUUUCCAAGAAAGCAGAUGACGGCCACAAUGACGAGGACAAGAAGACCAUGGAUGAUCAGAUCUUGGACUCGGUCACGAUGCUGGGGAACACUGUAUUGACGAACAAAGCUCUGGCAGAGCUUAAUCGCUUCAAGGCGAAGAAGGCACCGGGCUUUCAGAACCCGGCACUGUUCAAGAGGGCCAUGGAUCUGCUAGCAUCGCACUCGUAUCGAAUACCUCAGUACCGAUUCGUGAUCGACCUGUUCGAUAAGAGUGUGCUGAGGCGGAUUGUACUUGAGGACGAGGAUGAUGAUUCAAGCGAUUCUGCUGGCGAGGAUAGUGCAUGA